AUGGAAUAUACUAUUAAGGAUAUGAGUGGAUUCCUCUUAAAUAAAUAAUAUAAGCUUCUCAAAAAACUAGGAGCAGGAGCAUUUGGUGAAAUCUAUUCAGCCAUAGCCAAUGGAUUAGAUUAUGCAAUCAAAAUUGAGCGAUCUGAUACGAAACACCCCCAAUUGCUAUUUGAAUCCAAGCUCUAUCAAUAUCUAAAUAAUUCCCCUAUAAUUGGCAUACCAAAAUAUUAUGGAUUUUACCAAUAAGAUGGUUACAAUUUCUUAGUCAUGGAACAGUUAGGCAAAAGUCUUGAAGACAUUUUCACAGACAACAAUCGCAUCUUCUCGUUGCAAUCCGUCACUGUAUUAGCACUCCAAAUGUUAGAAUGUAUUGAAUUCCUACAUGGCAAAUAAUUCCUUCACAGAGACAUUAAGCCAGACAAUUUCUUAUUGGGCAAAACACAUAAAGACAGAGUCUAUAUGGUCGAUUAUGGAUUGGCUAAAAAGUACAUUAAUAAAGAUGCUCACAUUCAAUACAAAGACAAUAAGGCUUUGACUGGAACUGCCAGAUAUGCUUCUAUAAAUACUCAUUUAGGAAUUGAGUAAUCUAGGAGAGACGAUUUAGAAUCUCUUGGAUAUGUAAUAAUGUACUUCUUAAGAGGUGCAUUACCAUGGUAAAAUUUAAGAGCUAACACUCAAAAGGAUAAAUAUGACAGAAUUAUGGAAAAGAAAUUGGCCACUUCAAGUGAAACUCUGUGUAAAAAUCAUCCCAAAUAAUUAUUUCAUUACAUUGAAUAUACCAAGAAUCUCAAAUUCGACGAAAAACCAGAUUACAGCUAUCUGAAAAAUUUAUUCAUGUCUAUAAUGAAGGAAAAUGAAUUAAGAAUAGAAUACAUCUAUGAUUGGGAUGAUGAAGACACUCAUCGCGAUAAAAUACUUUUAAAGAAUUAAUCAUCAUAAUAAUAAGAUUAAUAACAAAGCAAUAAUCUUAUUAAGAAUACUAAUUAUUCAUAAUAUAAUAACAAUAGAUAAUCAGUUAUGAAAACUAAAACUUCAUCCAUUCAUUCGAUAAACAAGGUUUCAGUACUUAAAAUUUAAUCAAAUAUUAAUACUUAAAAUAGUUAAAAUAAUACUAAAAAAAACCCAAUCAAUAAUAAAGUUAAAUCAAUUAUCAAAAAACAUUCAAGUUUACAUUAUAACUGA